GAGAGCGGCCAGCGCUGCUGCCGCUGCUGCUGCCGGCGCCGGGAAUCAGAACUGGAGACCGGGGCAGCAAGGGAAGUCAAGGUCAUCUCAAGAAGCCAGCCAAUCAGAAACUCUGUAGGGAUGCUGUAAAGCCAGGUGAAUCUGGGAAGGUGGCUGAAUGUUAAAGAUGGCAACUCAAUACAACAAUGAACUGAAAUGUGUUAGCGUAGAGUGGGACUUCCUUCAAGGACUGCUCGUAAAGAACCAACCAGUCCCUUGUUUGCAAGCCCUCCGGAAGGAGAAGAGUCGCAAUGCUGCUCGCUUUCGACGGGGGAAAGAAAACUUUGAGUUCUACGAAUUGGCGAAGAUGCUUCCACUCCCGGGAGCUAUCACCAGCCAGCUGGACAAGGCCUCCAUCAUCCGGUUGACCAUCAGCUACCUCCGGAUGAGGGACUUUGCCAAUCUGGGGGAUCCUCCAUGGAACCUGAGGAUUGAGGGGCCCCCACCUAACAUCUCUGUAAAAGCAAUAGGAUCCCAACAGAGGAGAAGUUCCACUUCCUUGGCCAUUGAGUUAUUUGAACAGCACUUAGGAGGACACAUCCUACAGUCCUUGGAUGGUUUUAUUUUUGCACUAAAUCGAGAAGGGAAAUUUUUGUACAUCUCUGAAACUGUCUCCAUCUACCUGGGACUGUCGCAGGUGGAACUGACGGGUAGCAGCAUCUUUGAUUACAUUCACCCUGGGGAUCAUGUGGAGGUGGCAGAGCAGCUGGGACUGAAACUACCAAGCGGCCGAGGGCACAGCUCACAAACCUCCAAUGAGGACGGGGCAAGCUCAACAUCUUCCUCCUCACUGGCUGAGACACCUGAGUCAGACUCUGGGAGUCCCAGUCUCUUGGGUGAUGAUAAUGUGUUGGAGCGCACGUUCUUCAUUCGCAUGAAGUCAACACUGACCAAGCGAGGGGUUCAUGUCAAAUCUUCAGGAUACAAGGUUAUCCAUGUCACAGGGCGCUUGCGAUCUCGGAUUUCGUUGCCUCACGCUCGUGCUGUUCCUACCAGCUUCAUGGGAAUGGUGGCUCUCGCCCACACGCUCCCGCCUUCCACUAUCAAUGAGGUCCGGAUUGAGUGCCACAUGUUUGUCUCCAGGGUCAGUCUGGAUCUGCAGAUCAUCUACUGUGAAAACAGGAUCUCCGAUUACAUGGACCUAUCCACCACUGAUGUUGUAGGGAAAAACUGUUAUCACUUCAUUCACGCUGAGGAUGUUGAAGGAAUCAGGCAUAGCCACUUGGACUUGUUAAACAAGGGGCAGGUGGUCACCAAGUAUUAUCGCUGGAUGCAAAAGAACGGAGGUUACAUGUGGGUACAGUCCAGUGCAACCAUCUCAAUCAAUGUCAAGAACGGAAACGAGAAGAACAUCAUCUGGGUCAACCAUGUGCUGAGCAAACCAGAGCACCGAAAUACUCCAAUGGACAUCUCCCAGCUUCCAUUGUCAGCCAUUAAAUCUUCCAAGCAACUGGAGUUGUCAGAUUCGGAAUCUGAUUCCCGAGAACACUUAGAAAGGGACAAUCCAAAAGACACUGGGAAGCGAAGCAAUUAUGAGAAGUUGGCAGCACCUCGCUCAGAAGGCUGGAAACGAUCAGCGAGCCAAUCAGAGGAAGAGUUGACUUCAGCCAAGGACGACAGCGACUCCAGCCUGCCAGAUGACUCGGACAGUGAGGGGCCGAGCACUGGACGGAGGAGUUUUGUCCUGUCCAAGGUCAAGCGCAUGAAAGUCGAGGGGGAUGGCGAGGUGCGGCCGGUGGCACGCGAGCCUCGGAGCUCCCUCCCCAGUGGCGGUGAUGGGGACACUGAUAGCUCAGAGGAUGAAAGCAGCGGCCUGGCCAGCAAGCCCCAGUACCUAAAGAGGAAGAGGAGGCCCCGCGAGAGCUCGGCCGCGAGGGCCAAGUCAUCAGACUCACCGAGCCCUGGUGCCUCCAACUUUGGCGGUGGAGGUGGCGGAGGUCGUGCCCCGUCCAAAUCCGCACCCGAUCGCAUCUCUCCCCUCAAGAUCAAGACUGAAGCCGUUCAGCCCGUCAACUUCGACAACAACAGCGCCAUCUGGAACUUUCCGCCCAACCGUGAAGUCAUGAGGAGCGAGCUGCCUUACCGCUUGGCGACCUCUGAGCACUUUCACCCGGUGCCAGCUCUUCACGUCACUAUCCCGGAUUCCGUCCUGACACCCCCAGGGGGCGCCGAUGCCAGUGGUGGGCAGAAGACUCCUUUUAGCAGCCCCGCCACGCCGCCCCCUGCAGCCCGGUCUGUCCUGGCAGCAGGAGCUGGGACAGGGGGGUCAUCGGACGCCCUGUCGCCUCCUCUGUCAGGCUCCCCCCGGGAGGACAAGGCCCAGGCAGCGGCCUACGCACGUGAGCUUGAGAUGGUGCACCAGCGGCGGCUGCACGCGGUAUUGCCGUUGGUGACCCCUCACCCUGUGAGUGGAGCCAGCCCUUCCCCUUCCCCCUCCUCCUCCGUCGUCGUCGGUGGCAGCAGCAGCGGGCCCCCGCCUCAGGGCCUCUACACCACCAGCACCAUCCGCUAUGCGCCGGCCGACGUCGCCUUGGCCAUGCAGGGCAACCUGCUGCCGGCUGCCGCUGCCAUCAACUUUGUGGACCUCAAUGCCUCUGCCUUUGGCAGCGGUGGUGGCAGUGCCGCCGACUCGAAAGCCCAAGUGGAGAUGAUCUACCAUCACGUCCAGCGGCUCAACAUGGCGGGGCCCUUCGCCAGCCCCGUCGGCGCAGCUGGCUUGACCCAGGUGCCAGCGGGAAGCGUCUUCACGACGGCCGAGGCCCUGCUCUCCACGCUUCCCUUCCCCAUGAACACGGGCAGUAUCCAUGCCCCCCAGACUCUGGAACGCAAGGAAGAUUGACCUCUUUUGACUCUGCACCCUUGGGCGGCUUCUCUUGAGUGUGAGAAAGGGACAAUCUCCUACAUCCUUGAAAAAACUAGGCUCAAAGUUGACCCCCACCGGCCCUCCAUUUUUUAUUUGUUUUGCUCUGGAGACAAUUGAUCUUGUUCUUUUUUUUUCCCAAUUAUUUUAGCUUUCUUUUUAACCAAUCUCUUCAAA